CCCCUCCUUCCCCUUACUCCAAAGACUUGGAUUCUCACGACUUCUCCUCUGCCUCUGUUGCUAUGGCUUCGACUACUCUCUCUGUAGCCAACCCUUCUCUCCAGGCCAACGGUAAGGGCUUCUCGGAUUUCUCUGGCCUCCGUAUCUCCUCUGCUUCACUUCCUUUCGCCAGAAAAACUUCUGAUGACUUCCUCUCCGUCAUUGCCUUUCAGACUUCUGCGGUUGGUGGGAGCGGUCAGAAGAGAGGAGUAGUAGAGGCAAAGCUGAAGGUAGCAAUCAAUGGGUUUGGAAGGAUAGGUAGGAAUUUCUUGAGGUGUUGGCAUGGGAGGAAGGAUUCUCCACUAGACGUCGUCGUCAUCAAUGACACAGGCGGUGUGAAGCAGGCCUCCCACCUCCUCAAGUACGACUCCACUCUUGGCAUUUUCGAGGCCGAUGUCAAGCCCGCCGGAGAUGAUGCCAUCUCGGUCGAUGGAAAGAUCAUAAAGGUGGUUUCCAACCGUAACCCCGCCAAUCUUCCUUGGAAGGAUCUGGGGAUUGAUCUUGUGAUCGAAGGAACAGGUGUGUUCGUUGACAGGGAGGGUGCAGGCAAGCACAUCCAAGCAGGGGCGAAGAAGGUGUUGAUCACAGCCCCUGGAAAGGGUGAUAUUCCAACAUACGUCGUUGGUGUCAACGCUGACAGCUACAACCCGGAGGAGCCCAUCAUCAGUAAUGCUUCUUGCACCACCAACUGCCUUGCACCAUUCGUCAAGGUCCUCGAUCAGAAGUUCGGUAUAAUCAAGGGCACCAUGACCACUACUCACUCCUACACCGGAGACCAGAGACUUCUGGAUGCGAGUCACCGUGACCUACGACGAGCAAGAGCUGCAGCACUAAACAUAGUUCCAACUUCAACAGGUGCUGCCAAGGCGGUGGCCCUUGUUCUCCCAACUCUCAAGGGGAAACUCAAUGGAAUUGCUCUCCGUGUUCCUACUCCAAAUGUCUCCGUUGUCGACCUGGUUGUCCAGGUCUCCAAGAAGACCUUUGCCGAGGAGGUGAAUGCUGCAUUCAGGGAGGCUGCCGACAAGGAGCUCAACGGCAUCCUCUCCGUCUGUGAUGAACCACUUGUUUCAGUGGAUUUCAGGUGCUCUGAUGUGUCUUCCACUGUUGACUCUUCACUCACCAUGGUUAUGGGAGAUGACAUGGUUAAGGUGAUUGCUUGGUAUGACAACGAGUGGGGUUACUCCCAGAGGGUCGUUGAUUUGGCUGAUAUCGUCGCCAACAAUUGGAAGUGAGUGAGAGACGACUGAGACUGAGAUAGAAUAUCAAUCGCCCCUUGACAAUUAAGGAAGGAUCCAUCCAUCCAUCCAUCCAUCCAUCUUAUCAUCUUAAUUUUGGAUUCCAUAUUUUUAGGUGUGCCUGCCUAUUUUUGUCAAGAUUGUAUUGAGAAUGUAACCCUUGUUUCACUUUCCUUUUAUCUUCAAUUUCACUUUUCUUAAACCUCAAAAUUACUCUUGAUCA